CAUUACCCCCGAUACUCUUGUUUGCCCUUGAUAGCAUAGUUUAUGCUGAUCAUUUUCACGUCACAUCAGGAGGGGACUUGGCUGGAAAGAGAAAGGACUCCACAAGUUUGACUGAAAAAAGUUUAAGCAGCACCACAGUCACUCCAAAAUGGCGAGAUCUUUGCUGCUCUCCUGCUGGGCCUUCGGUCUGCUGACGCUUUCGUCUGCGCUGGUCCACCAGAACCUCCAAAACCUCCAGGCGGACAACGUCCUGGCGGCCCAGGGCCAGCCUGACUCCUCCUACCUGUCCGAAACGGAAAGAGGCCCUGCGCUCGCCCUCCUUCCUGGCGACUCAGUGGAAGAUCACUUCCUGAUGGCGGCGGGCUCUUAUGCCGAGGACUCUGUGGCAGCAGCGGUGGCGGCGGCGGCGGCGUUGCAGCAGCAGCAAGGCCGCGCCAUGCGCUCGCCUCGCCGCUGCAUCCCUCACCAGCAGUCGUGUCUGGGCUACCCGCUGCCGUGCUGCGACCCCUGCGACACCUGCUACUGCCGCUUCUUCAACGCCAUCUGCUACUGCCGCCGCGUGGGCCACGCCUGCCCGCCUAGACGCACCUAACACACCAGCAUGUUCU